UGUGGUGGGGGCUGGAGGUCGUCUGGGACAAGUUCCCCCGGGCGCUCCCCCAUGGAGGAAGCGGUGCGCACGGCUGCAGCCCUGGAUGCUCACACCUCCCACUGGACGGAGACGAAGGCGGUGGCCGCGCGAGCUCAGGAGCGGGUAGCCGGAGCGGCCUGUGUGGGGGUGUGAGCAGAGGUGACCCGGGCCGGAUAGCGGAGGGGAAGCCGCGCGGCGGGCCAGCCAACUUCGGCUGGAGCUACUCUGCCAGGGCUUAAAACUUUAAAUGAGAAUAAAGGGUUUUAUUUACGAGGAAAUGAGAAUGAAUAAGUCAUCUCUAACCUCUUCCAGCCUUUUAUUCAUAAGAGACCAUAUUAAACUUACAUAUCUAUAUCAUUGGCUGCUGCUUUGGGAGUUGAACAUCCUUCUGGGUGUUCAUUGUUGUCCCCACGUAGCACGGUGGAACUUCUCUGUGCUUGGAAACAGAUUCUGACUCAUUGCUGUAUUUGAAGACUGCAUCAUCCUGCCUCCAGCACCAACAGUUUCUCUGUUCUUGAUCAAUGUGAUUCACAGUAGCUUUUUAAGUAACAAGCGAAAUGAGCCAGGGGCAUGGAAAGUAUGACUUUUAUAUUGGUCUGGGAUUGGCUAUGAGUUCCAGUAUUUUCAUUGGAGGGAGUUUCAUUUUGAAAAAAAAAGGCCUUCUGCGACUUGCCAGAAAAGGCUCCAUGAGAGCAGGUCAAGGUGGCCAUGCAUAUCUCAAAGAAUGGUUGUGGUGGGCCGGACUGCUAUCAAUGGGAGCUGGCGAGGUGGCCAACUUUGCUGCAUAUGCCUUUGCACCAGCCACCCUAGUGACUCCGUUAGGAGCACUCAGUGUCCUAGUAAGUGCCAUUCUUUCUUCAUACUUUCUAAAUGAAAGACUUAAUCUUCAUGGAAAAAUUGGAUGUUUGCUAAGUAUUCUGGGAUCUACAGUUAUGGUUAUUCAUGCUCCAAAAGAAGAGGAGAUUGAGACCUUAAAUGAAAUGUCUCACAAGCUAGGAGAUCCAGGUUUUGUGGUCUUUGCAACACUUGUGGUCAUUGUGUCCUUGAUAUUAAUCUUUGUGGUGGGACCUCGGCAUGGACAGACAAACAUUCUUGUAUAUAUCACAAUCUGCUCUGUAAUUGGAGCAGUUUCAGUCUCCUGUGCUAAAGGCCUGGGCAUUGCUAUCAAAGAGCUGUUUGCUGGAAAACCUGUGCUACAACAUCCCCUGACCUGGAUCCUGCUGCUGAGCCUUAUAGUCUGUGUGAGCACACAGAUUAACUACCUAAACAGGGCCCUGGACAUAUUCAACACUUCUAUCGUGACUCCAAUAUAUUAUGUGUUCUUCACAACAUCAGUUUUAACUUGUUCAGCUAUUCUUUUUAAGGAGUGGCAAGAUAUGCCUGUUGAUGAUGUCAUUGGUACUCUGAGUGGCUUCUUUACAAUCAUUGUGGGAAUAUUCUUGUUGCAUGCCUUUAAAGACGUCAGCUUUAGUCUCUCAAGUCUGCCUGUGUCUUUUUGGAAAGACGAAAAAGCAGUGAAUGGCAGUCUUUCUAGUAUGUAUGAAGUUCUUAAUAAUAAUGAAGAGAGCCUAACCUGUGGAAUUGAACAACACACUGCUGAAAAUAUCUCCCGAAGAAAUGGAAAUCUGACAGCUUUUUAGGAAGAAAGAUGUAAUUAAUCUAUAACUGUUAUAAAAAAGUGAAUCUGAGUAUCAGAAUGUGUCUGAAAAAGCAUUGCUCUCAAAUGAUGAUGUUCUCUAGAGACAAUCCUUUUUUUUUUUUUUAGGUUUCACUAAUUUGGACCAAGAAAUUACUUAUGUUUAAAUGAUGACUCAAUACAUGGCCAAUUUCUAUUAACACUGUAUUAUUGUAGAGUUAUUUAAAAUUUUCCUUCACCAAAAUCUAAAUGCAGUAAUGACAGUUUUAGGUCUAUAAAAAGGCUUUUUUUCCCCACUGGUGAUGAAAGUCUGAAAUGUACAUUUUUCAUGCCCAUUCUUAUCAAUCCCUGAUCAUUUUAAGGCUUUUUGAUUAAAACAAAAACAAAACUAACUCAAUACAUUAUCCUGU